CCACCAAGUCGUUCCCAUUUUUUUCCACAGCCUAGACAUUAUUCUAUACUACUAUUCUCUUCUAUUACCAAAAUCAUCAUCUCACAGAAUAUAAAGGCAAGGCCAAGAAAGAAAACACGAAUCUUGAUCCAGCCGUGUCAAAAAUCCCAAGCCAUGGCGACCGCUCUGGCGUACCAAUAUUCCCACCUCCCGGUGGUACCCACGUGGCUAAACAAGGGUGACAACGCAUGGCAAAUGACCGCAUCAACACUUGUGGGCCUCCAAAGCAUGCCGGGCCUAGUCAUUCUCUACGCUAGCAUCGUGAAAAAGAAAUGGGCCGUGAACUCUGCUUUUAUGGCCCUAUAUGCCUUCGCUGCCGUCCUGAUUUGUUGGGUGCUAGUAUGCUACCGGAUGGCUUUCGGUGAUAAAUUGCUCCCUUUCUGGGGAAAGGGUGCACCGUCACUAGGCCAAAAGUUCCUCAUUGACCGAGCUGCCGUCCCAGAGAGCACUCAUUUCGAGACACCCAUGAUCCAGCCGUUUUAUCCGAUGGCUUCGCUGGUUUACUUCCAGUUCACUUUUGCUGCCAUUACCAUGAUUUUGCUAGCUGGGUCUGUGCUUGGUCGGAUGAACAUCAGGGCGUGGAUGGCUUUUGUGCCUUUGUGGCUGAUUUUUUCAUACACUGUUGGUGCUUUUAGCUUAUGGGGUGGUGGGUUCCUUUUUCAUUGGGGUGUCAUUGACUACUCUGGUGGCUAUGUCAUCCACCUAUCAUCUGGAAUUGCUGGUUUCACCGCGGCUUAUUGGGUUGGACCAAGGCUGAAGAGUGAUAGGGAGAGAUUUCCGCCAAACAAUGUGUUGCUUAUGCUAGCGGGUGCGGGGUUGCUUUGGAUGGGGUGGUCAGGGUUCAAUGGAGGGGCACCUUAUGCUGCAAACAUUGAUGCUUCAAUUGCAGUGCUAAACACAAACAUAUGUGCAGCAACAAGCCUUCUUGUUUGGACAUCCCUUGAUGUUGUGUUUUUUGGGAAGCCCUCUGUGAUCGGUGCUGUUCAAGGGAUGAUGACUGGUCUCGUUUGCAUCACUCCAGGAGCAGGAGUGGUGCAAUCGUGGGCUGCGAUAGUGAUGGGCAUCCUAUCUGGUAGCAUUCCUUGGUUCUCCAUGAUGAUUCUUCACAAGAAGUCUUCUUUGCUACAGAAGGUGGACGAUACACUGGGAGUAUUUCACACACACGCCGUGGCCGGACUCUUAGGCGGCCUUCUGACCGGGCUCCUAGCAGAGCCAGCACUCUGCCGGCUCAUUCUACCCGUGGUCAACACAAGGGGUGCAUUUUACGGGGGUACGGGCGGGAUCCAAUUCCUGAAACAGCUGGUGGCGGCGUUGUUUGUGAUCGGCUGGAACAUUGUUUCAACAACCGCAAUUCUUUUGUCAAUAAAGCUGUUCAUGCCGUUACGAAUGCCCGAGGAGGAGCUUGUGAUCGGAGACGACGCGGUGCACGGGGAGGAAGCAUACGCUUUGUGGGGAGAUGGUGAAAAGUAUGACCCGACUAAGCACGGUUGGAAUGUAUCGUCGUAUGCUGAGGAAAAUGCAAUGUCUGGGUUUGGUCAUGGUGCCAAAGCCAGAGGUGUCACCAUUAACCUGUGAUCCGUUGGAUAUUAUCAUUGCAAUAGCAUGUGUUGUACAAAACAAAUGUACUGGUAAUUCCUCAAGAUCUUGCAAUUUUCUACUGUAAGAAAAAUUUUGGAAAUGAGAAACUUUGAUUACACCGAUAUUGUAACCUAUUAGCCCCUCCCCUCAUAACCGAAGUACUGCCACUGGUUUUCAGAUAUGCUUUCUUCAAAAAUAGGUUCAAUUCCGCAAA